UUUGUUCGUUUAGCUAUACGGACGAGGGACGUUUUCAGUGGCGUAGCUAGCGUGUGGGCAGGCGGUGCAUCUGCACCGGAGUUCGCAGCUCGGAGGGGCCCUGGAGCUGGGCUAGAGGUAGAAGAUCUGUCCACUUCAUUAGCCGUCCAACGAGGGCGGGUACCUCCAUCGCAGCCUCCGGGUCUUCCGGGCCAAUUUGCGCUCACCAACGGUGACGCGGCGUCAGCAGCAGCUGCCGCAGGCCUCAACGGCCACUCGUACCUGUCCAGCUACAUCUCGCUGUUACUUCGCGCCGAGCCGUACCCCACGUCCCGAUAUGGCCAGUGUAUGCAGCCGAACAAUAUCAUGGGUAUCGACAACAUCUGCGAGUUGGCAGCGAGACUGCUGUUCUCAGCCGUGGAAUGGGCGCGGAACAUUCCCUUCUUCCCCGACCUGCAGGUCACGGAUCAAGUGGCACUGUUGAGGCUCGUGUGGAGCGAACUGUUUGUGCUGAAUGCGUCCCAGUGCUCCAUGCCUCUGCACGUUGCGCCGCUGCUUGCGGCGGCAGGACUUCAUGCCUCGCCUAUGGCGGCGGACAGGGUUGUAGCAUUCAUGGAUCACAUCAGGAUAUUCCAAGAACAGGUUGAGAAGCUGAAGGCUCUCCACGUGGACUCUGCGGAGUACAGCUGUCUCAAGGCCAUCGUUCUCUUCACGACAGGUAAGUGCGACUUCCACUGCAGGCGUCACCCUCCUGUGAUGAAGCGUCUGCGCACUAAAGAGAUGAGUCUACAGUUGAUUUUAUUUACAAUCAUGGCUGGAUGA